AUGGAGAAUACGACCCCGACGACUAAAGAGUCGCAAGAUGUAUUCACUGAACCGGUGCCAACGAACGUCGCAAGCACCUCGGGGUCUCGCAUCCAUUACCCGCCUUCCCUUGAGCCCUCUGCUGGACGACUUCCACGACAAUACCCCGAUUAUCUCCAGAAGUCCUAUGGCAAUCUUGCGCCACCCGUUCGACGCAGCUCACCUCUAAAUCCUCAGAAGGGUAACCAGCGACGGUCGGUACAGGGCAAUGGGUCGCCCUUGAAUUCGCCAACACUUCGACACCGCAGGAUACCUAGUCCAGGGAUAAUGGAUAUCGGGAAUGUGCCUCCAGAGGUAGAGCAGGAUGCCCAUCUCUUCGCCAACGAGUACGAUUUAUCCCAUGAAGAUCCCAGAAUUUUAUUGGACGUUCAAAGGGCAAUUAAACUGAAAGCGAGGCGAGAGGCCAGGCUCAAACGGCAGCAGCAAUCACCUUCCCUUCCGUCGCAGAACGAAAGCCCAGCGUCUGUGCUUAGCGCCACCUCCUCGACGCGCAGCCCUUCUCAAUCUCCCUGGAAUCCUCGUAACUUGGCAACUUCCUCGCCACCCCCGUCACCAACUCCACCUCGCAAGACCAGCAACAGCACCACCCAGUCUGACCUCGACUUCAGCCCAUCCACUGGCGGUGGCCUUUUCCAAAUCCCAAUUUAUGCCCAUCCUGUUCCCACGUCUCUCGACAAUGGAAGGACACUGGAUUGGACAGGAACUGGCACAGAGGACGAUCGAGAUCGCAAAUGGCACCUUGGGAAGAGGAAAGAGAAGGACAGAAUUUUGCCUCUAGGCGUUAUGGCUGAACAGCAAGAAGCCAUGUACCAAGAGAGGCUGAACAAGAUUAAGAGCCAUGCGUCACAGCAAACGCAUAAGAAAGCCAGUAUCACGAAGCAACAACUUUCGCGUCGAUACAAGCUCUUGGAUGAUUCGCAGAAGUCACCCGACGAAUACGACCACUUCAACUUCCUCAACGUAGCUCGCUGGUACGGUUCGGUGGGUGAUCCCGUCAAACGCAGCAUGGAGAAGGCAGAACCUUUCUCGUGGCUCAGGCAUUUAGAAGGUCCCUCUCGCAAAACCGAGAGGCCGCCCUGGCAUAUGACUGCUCUCAUCAUGGAGGAGUAUGUUCAAGCCCAAAAACCCCGGCAUGCCCCCACUAUGCCUCCAGGAAGCAACUUUUCUGCUGAGACCAUUCCAGAUGGAAGCACUGGUGCCGUCGGUGAUCCAAGUGAAGCCCUGUCCCCAGUCCACGAAACCCUGUCAUUUGGCCCUCACCAUCGUUCGAAUGUCGGUUCGAUAGAUAGCAGGGUCAGAGGCACCCUAGACUCGACGAGCAGCUUUCGGUUCCCAAACCCAUCAGCAUCUACCUCUUCAUCGCCUUUCCAUCCACAGCCCUUUCCCCGGCCGUAUCUCCAAAGUAACCCGAGAAGUGACGCAUCCUCGAACGGCUCCCUCUCAGACUACUCCGAAUCAGGUGUCAUCAGACGCCCUCACAUAUCUAACUCUACAAAUCAAUCACCUCGACCACCAGGAACGGAAGUGGACAUUUCCGUUGUCGGUCGCGACGAACGUGGUGAGUCCAUCCCACUCGAGCUCAGGGUAUCCACCUCGAGCAAGGGGUCGGAUCCCAGCCUCAAGUCGAAGAGUCCUCUCAGCCAGUCGGUCGGCCCGUCGAAGAAGAAUCCCUUACCGAGGCGCAUAUGGACCUCAAUACCCAGUAACGAAACCGUCAAACGCCACGCCAACGAUGAUGAAGCGCGACUUCGCCGUGAAUACGAGGUCAAGCUUCGGAUCUUGGAAGAGUCUAACAGGCAGAACCAUCGUAUCAGACAAAUGCUCAACCGGAUAUCUGCCUCUGUCCGCGAGUACGACGCCGUUCAAGCUGCGAGCGCCAAGAAACCAGGAAUUCCUCAUCACCCGUUGCCUAAGGAGCUCGUGGAAGCCUUCAGCCAUGACCCAGCUGCUGUAACUGGACAUACGCGCCGCCUCAAGGGAUACAAAGCUGUUGAGGAUAUUCAUCAACGAGUUACUCGACAGCGUGAAGUCUUCCGUGCCUUCUUAGCCAACUCUCCUAAACCGCCAUCGACGACUGAGAGUAUUCUCAUGGGUCCGGCAGAAAACCUUAUUGACACCCUUGACGUUCUGGAAACCCAUCGGGGCAAUAUCACGGCCAUGGCAGCAGAGAUAGCUCAAUCACUUCAGAACGUGCAAGCGUUACAUUGCGAGGUGAAGGAAGAGUACAACCUGACCGUCUCUCGAACAUCGGUCCUGUAUCCUGAGCUGUCUCACAUUGUUGCACUCGAGGAGAGUUACCGCGACCGAUACCAGGGUUUCUACGACUUCGGUAUGGACGCACUUACGCUUCUUCUGGACACUGUCACACCCCUAUGGCGGUCAUAUGGCAAGACCAUCGGAGAAGACGUUCGAGACUUCCUCAUCAUCCCCCUCUACCGCAACGAAUUCACUGGCGAAGCGAAACGGUAUCCUAUCCAAGGACUUCCUCAGCGCUCUCUUCGCCAUUGGCUCGGUCUCAUCAUAUUCUUCUUCUCUUCGAUCGCCGUCAACUACCUCCAACUUCAAUCCGCCGUCACUUCGAUGUUGAAUUACCGGCUGCAGUGGAUCCCAUACGAUGGUGUACGGUGGACUGCUUUACCCUUGUUCUGGAUUGCCAUCAUCAUCCAGUGGAUUGCGGUCUUGAUAGAAAUGGUGAUUGUGCUCAUGCAAUUGGGUACGAUUGCAUGGUGGAUAGGAUGGUUCGUUAAGAUAUUCAAGUGA